CAGCACAAUCGACGAAGACGAAGACAAGAGUAAUAGACCACCAGCAAGCAAGAAACAAUUAAAUUAUUGAGCAACCAAUAUGGGCUUGAUGGAUAUACUUCGCAUUGCCCAAGAGGGCAUCACUCACCCGUUUGGCGAUGAACGAUCCGUCAAACAAGCAUUUCCGGCGGGAAUUGACACCACGGCCGCCGAUCCGUUUUUAAUGUGCGAUUACUUUCAUUCCAAAGAAGACAAGGGAUUGGCCGAUGUGGACGAAUUUCCCGUCGAUUGGCAUCCCCAUCGUGGAUUUGAUAUUUGCAGUUAUCUCCGUAGUGGAACUGGGCGUCAUGGAGAUAGCCUCGGGAAUCGAGAAACCUUUGAAACGCCCGGAAUGCAAUGGAUGUCGACCGGAUCGGGUGUCGUCCACGCCGAAGGAGGAGGCAAUGAGAAAGGACAAGUCGUACAGGGGUUUCAGAUUUGGAUCAAUUGUCCUGCGGAACGCAAAAUGGACGAUCCUCGCUAUGGGACGGUCCCCACACAAGAUUUGCCACUGGUCGAUGUGGCACCGGGAGUGACAGCGCGAGUCUUGGCGGGGCAUGCCUUUCAGAAUAUCACUGGGCCCUUUGCGACAUCGCAAGAGGUUCAAAUGAUUGACUUGGAACUACAAGCUGGGAGCACUACCGGUUGUCUCGAUCUCAUUUCGGAAGGGCUGGAUACGGCAAUGCUCUACAUUUACGAAGGGACCAUGGCCACUGUCAACAACAAGGAGGAAUCUGCCAUUCAGUCGGGACAGAUUGUUUUGUUUGACGCGUCUUCUGACGAAAAUAGGGGCAUGGAAUUGGUUGCGUCAAAAGAAGAGGGGGCCAAGGCACUCUUGUUUGCGGGAAAGAAACUCAAGGAACCCAUUGUGUGGCAUGGACCUAUUGUGAUGAACACACAGAGUCAAAUACAAGAGACGAUCCGGGAACUUCGAAAGGGAACCUUUCCUCCCGUCCGGGUGAAAUGGGAUUACAAGCGACUUGCCACCAAGCCAAAAGGAGAGUCUGAAACUGCUAGUACUUAGCAACAGUCGAGACCAGCAGGUUGGAUAUGCCAGUUAUGACAGGGGGCCUUGGGUGCUAGUAGAGCUGCUGUGGACCGGAAGAGUGCAGCCUGAAUGAGCGUUGGUGCAGCUACCUAGCUAGCUAGUAGCCAUGUCGAUAGAACCUUCUAUUCAACCCCAAUGCCCCCUUCCCAGAGUGCGCAGAACCCACACACAAAUGUCUUAGUUGCGGAGACCAUGUGCAACUACCGUACUAUGCAUACUACCCGUUACAAAAGUUAUACUACAAACGUCCAGCCUUCAAAACGCCAGAGUGCUCUCCACAGA